AUGCGCAGGUCGGUCCGGCGUUUAAAGGACCCGUUACAGUCACAAUGCGUCGGCCUGAUUGCAUCGCUAAGAUCGCACAUUGUCGGUCCCACUCUGGGCGAUGCUGGCGGCAGCAGCUCGCAUCGCGAGACCGUUCAGUCUGCUAUUUUUAACGAUUUCCGUCCAAAUUCGUUCAUCUCUGAUGCGUCCGACAGCACUCCGCCCUUUGCAUCCGGAUUGUCGCCCGAUCCUGAUCCUCCGGUCCAUCGCCCUGGCUGCCCCAGCGGGCUCUCUGCCCGACCCAAUGCUGCUCUUUCUCUUUGGAUCAGGCGCCGUCUUGCUGAGAGGGGCCGGUUGCACCAUCGACGGCCUGUUGGGUCUCCUCCCAAUGCUACCCCAGACUUUGACCUGCUGGACCGAGAGUUUGAUGCCAAGGUGGCUCCCUCAUCUCCUCCCUCACCCCCGCAGGUCGAUCGCACUGGCUGCUCCAGCAGGCUCUCUACCGGACCCAACCCUUCUCCUUCUCUUCGGGUCAGGUCGAUUGCAUUGGCUGCCCCAGCAGGCGCUCUACCUGACCCAACGCUACUCUUCCUCUUCGGUUCAGGCGCCAUCCUACUCAGAGGCGCCGGCUGCACCAUCAACGACCUGCUGGAUCGGGGCUUUGACGCCAAAGUGGCUCGUACUAGGUCCCGCCCUCUGCCCUCCGGUGCCGUCACUCCCUUGGGAGCAACGAGUUUCCUGGGGCUGCAGCUACUCCUGGGCCUGGGGAUAUUGGUGCAGCUGAAUACGUUCAGUCAAGUGCUGGGAGCGGCGUCACUGCCCCUUGUCUUCUCUUACCCCCUCAUGAAGCGCUUCACUCACUGGCCUCAGCCGUAUCUCGGUCUUCCUCAGGCCUACCUUGGUCUUGUCUUCAACUGGGGAGCUCUCCUGGGCUGGGCGGCAGUGCAUGGCUCGCUGCACCUGCCAGCUGUGCUACCCCUCUACAUGGGCGGCAUCUGUUGGACGCUAGUGUACGACACUAUCUAUGCGCACCAGGACAAGGCGGAUGACAUCACAGCAGGCGUCAAGUCCACUGCGCUGCUCUUCGCCCAUCACACCCCUCUCUACCUCUCCCUCUUCAGCGCAGCUGCCAUCACCAGCCUCGCUGCUGCCGGCUCUGCUGUGAACCUCGGCUCCCCGUUCUAUGCCUCGCUAGCAGCGGCAGCGGCACACAUGGCAUGGCAGAUUGCCUCCACGGAUUACGACAGCCGGGAGGACUGCUACUCCAAGUUUGCGUCCAACUGGACAUUCGGUGCUCUGGUCUUUGCUGGUAUUGUGGCAGGCAAGCUCUUUGGUGUGUAA